UCAACAACAAAUUGCUGACUAUUUUAACCAGCAAAAUCAGAAUCUUCAUAUUGACUAUUCAAUAGUUUUCAAAAUUUUAGGAAAGAAAGCUAAGUGGCUUGCAAUUACUUCAACACCAGCUAGCUCUAAAACUUUUC